GUUGGGACGUGAUACACCAGGAUCAGUUAACGUGUGCCAUAACUCUGCUGUACACUGAAGGAUGUGGCUCACACCAGUUACCAAACACCCAUGUAUCUACUUCUAGGUAAACAGUAAGUUUAUUCAGAUAUGGGUGGCCUCAUCUCUCUAAUUACAGGAGAUUCAUCCCUGCCAUCUGAGGACAAACUCCCUGUUAUUUACAUAACUGGAUUUUCCAAAUUUUGGAAUUUCCCUGUAAACUCUAGUGAAGAGGCUCUAAAGAAAUUACAAGAACUAAAUCUAGACAAGAGACUUAAAUGUCGAAUUGUCAUUGAAAUUUUGAGCGUUUCAUAUAAAGAUAUAAACAGCAUUAUACCUAAAAAAUGGGAAGAACUGAAGCCAAAGCUGGUGAUCCAUGUUGGGAUGAAGAACAACACAGAUAAACUUAUGCUGGAGCAGAUGGCACACAACACUGGCUACCAGUAUUUUGACAAUCAUAGGAUGCUACCAAAAAACAACAUUUGCAUUCCUGGUGGUGAGGAGGUGAUUGAAUCUGGAAUCUGCAUGAAGAUGGCAUCCCAGGCCAUAAAUGAAAAUGGCACCCUUAAGUCUGAUAGAUCCACUAAUGCUGGCAGGUUUAUUUGUGAGUAUGUAUAUUACUUGUCCCUGCAUCAAGACAGAUUAAGAUCGGCUUUCAUUCACGUUCCACCCAUCGAAGAAAAUUUAUCAGCAUCAGACAUAGCUACAGGCCUUGCUGUUGCCGUAGAAGCCCUUUACCAACAAGUUUUGGAACUGGACUGCAAGUAGUCUCCAAGACUGUGUAAAAGUUUUAGGCCUGGGACACACACAUUUUAUAGAUAGGUUUUCAAGAGAUUCUAGAUGAGAUUGAGAUUUUUUGAAGUUUGUGCUCAAAUUAUUUUUAAAUACCCAAAGUACACACACAUUCUGCCUCUAAUUAUGGGCAUUGUUACAAACUUAAAAGUGCCUUUAGAUAUUAAUGUAUGCAUUACAUCUGCAUUUAUCCAGUAGAUUGCAGAGAGUACAAAUAAAAAUCUCAGGACUGGGACCAAAAACAUAAUUUUAAUUUUGCAAGUUUUACUUUAAAACUUGCAUUUAUUUUGUAUUGCAUUUAAAAUUGUUUAUGCAUAUUUGUCUAUUUUGUAUAUGGUUCCUUAAUUUUAGAGAACUUUUAAAAAUUUCAGUAGACAUUGUACAGUGGAACCUCAGUUUUUGUAUGCCCUAGUGUAUGUAAAACUAUAGUUUUUCUCUAUAAAGUGUAUUUUUUGUUAAUAUUUUCCAUAUUAAAUGUAAUUCCAAUUAAUCCAUUCCAGACACCCAAAAAUAUUAACAAUUUCAUUUUUAUAGAGAAAUAUAGGUUUACAUACAGACUAGGGCAUACGAAAACCGAGGUUCCACUGCAUUACAUAGUCUCCAUCAAGAAAAUGUUGUAGCAUUUACAGUUCAGACAAGUGAUGCAGAUUCUUUAAUAUCUUGUGCAUUAUGUGGAACAUGGUUAUUCUUGUUCUAAAGCAUUGCUUGAAUAUUUGUCAGUAAGCAGUAUUAUAUAUAUGUACAGUAUUGCAUGUAACCUGCUAAAUGAUUUAUAUAACUGAAUCUCUUACACUCUUGCCUUAUAGUAAUCCAGGAUGUAUGCAGUACAAUAUAAAAUUGUUUUUAUAUUGUCUCAGGUCUUUAUAGGUAGAAGUCUGAUUUUUUUUAAGGUCCACUUUUAGAUCUGUAUUUACUGGUAAUUAAUAAUUGUCGAAUGUUUUACUGUGUUAACUUGAGAUUUCUCUACCCCACUAUUUUUCAUUAAGUGUAGUGUGUAUAGUUUUCCAUGUCUUCUAUAAUUUUUUCUUUAAUGCCUGAAAUGAUGUGAAUAAUUAUGGGGUUUUCAAAAUAGGGAAUAAAAAAUUUAUCCCAACUUCUAGCAGUUCUGUGUCUUUGAAAAUAACUUAUUUCUUCAAGCAUUCAUCUACUAGUGUUUCUGAAAUGGUUAUCUGUUUUUUUAAAAGUAUUCUGUCACUUGUUUCUAGUUGCACACAAUGGCAGAUGGAGGAUUGAGGCUACAGUAAGCCUACUGGCCAAUAUUAGGCAGCUUAGCUUUUCAUGGAAUGCAGUAAUCUGAAAGAGUAUUAAUGUUCAAAAAGACUUGCAGACAUUUCAGGCAAUACAUUUAAGGAAAUGGUUUCUCUGCAGGUGGCUUCUGAAGAAGCUACUUGCAACAAGGGUUUAGUGAUUAGUUUUUUUUUUUUUUUAACACUGCCGUUUCCCACCAAAGCAGGGUGCUUAGUAUGAUUAUAAUAAUAAUACUUGUG